AGGGACGGGGCCAAGAUGGCGGCGCCCGUCCUGCUGCGGGUGUCGGUGCCGCGCUGGGAGCGGGUGGCGCGGUCCGCCGUGUGCGCCGCCGGCAUCCUGCUCUCCCUGUACGCCUGCCACCUGGAGCGCGAGAAGGGCCGCGACAGCCACUACCAGGCCCUGUGCGACCUCAGCGAGCGGGUGCGCUGCUCCGCCGCCAUCACCUCCAGAUGGGGUCGAGGAUUCGGUCUCCUGGGUUCCAUCUUUGGAAAGGACAGUGCAAUAAAUCAGUCAAACAGUGUUUUUGGCCUGGUGUUUUAUAUACUACAAAUGCUACUUGGUAUGACAGCAAGUGCAGUAGCAGCUCUAAUCCUCAUGACAUCCUCCAUAGUGUCUGUAGUAGGGUCCCUGUACUUGGCAUACAUUCUGUACUUCGUGCUGAAGGAAUUUUGCAUUGUCUGCGUGCUCACAUAUUUGCUGAACUUCAUUCUCUUUAUCAUCAACUACAAACGACUAGUUUAUUUGAACGAGGCCUGGAAGAGGCAACUCCAACCCAAACAGGAAUAACCCCUGGUGGAACUUUUGACUGACAGUCUGAAGACCCAACUUCCAUUAAGUUUAUUUUGCAGUAAUUUUUUUAUUCUCCAUAUCAGACACUUUUUUCCUCCCCUUUCCCCCACAAGAAUCAUAAUGGAAAUUUUGAAUUAUAAAUUUCAAGGGGCCCCAGAUAAUUUCUCUGUGCUAAUCUUCAGUUUCAGUGCGGUUAUGAAAGAAAGCUCUAUAACAAUCAAAGACAAGCUUUAACUUUACUUUGAAGGAGUUUUAGCCACAGCAAAACCUAGACUCUCUCUCUUCCCCCUCCACUUGUGAAGUGGGUAACACUUGCUAUAAAAUAUCCUGUAUAUAAAUUCAGGUAUAACAAGAUGUGAUCAUGACAUGAAAUAUUCUAGACUAGCAUCACCAUAUUUAAUGUUGCCAUGUUUACAGUAUGUGUAUUUUUUUCUUUUUUUUUUUUCUUUUUUUUUUUUUUUUUUUUUUUUAGCUGAUGGACUUAGAUUUGACUAGGACUUAUACUGUAAAUAAAAUUAGAACUCUUGGUUUCAUCCCUGGAGAACUCACUGUCCCAUGGGUUUGGUUAGGAGCUGUCAGAGGGUUCAGCUCAGAGUCGACUGACACGAUGGAAGAAGUGACCUCUAAAGAACAUGGAGUUGCUGCUCUCACUGUUGUGCUUUCACAAGAAUGAUGCUUGGGGUUGGUUCCAUUUUUUCUUUUUUUUUUUUUUUUUUUUUUUUUUUUGUCUCCAGUAACAAAAAUGGAAUUAAAGCUGAAACCUGAAGUAUGUUGAUUAAACGACAACCUCAUUAAUUUCUGUACAGAACAAAAAUAGCUUCAUGUGGUCAAUGAAAAGCUGAUUUCAGUUUGGGGGUUGGAUGAAAUGUUCUUUGAAAGGACUCCAUUUCCAAGCAGAGCUGUUCCAUUUGAAGCUGUGCUCAGCCAGCCAGUGUUACUAAUGUUUGAUGUUCUGUGAAUGCUGCAGUAUAGAAUUGCAAUUUGCAGUGGAAACCACUGAGUGAGCAGGAUAACCAAGCAGUGCAAUGAAAAAGCAGUUCCUUAAUUGAUCUUGGUCAGGAUCUUUGGUUUGUGCUAUAUUGGGAAAUGAACUUUAGGCCUGACACACACACACAGAAGAUCUCUUGGAAGGGCAACCUGUUUAAUGGGAUAAGUAAGUCAAUGUGCUCCUGAAAAUGAAAUGUGAUAUAGUGCUAUCAUUGCUCUUUCUAAGAACUAAUUGGGAAAAAAAUAUAUUAAACUGCAGAUUUAAACAAAGGAACAAAAUUGUACACAUUGUUUCUGCACUCAGUAUUCUAAGGCUGAAUGUUAAAAGUGCCUUCUGUCUUCAAAUCUUAAACCAAAUACUUUGUGUUGAACUUGGCAGGCAGAAGUGUCCUUGCUUUAAAAAUGAACAAACACAAUUCCCAGCAAACUUGCUGGGGAUAGAAGAGUAUUAAGAGAUCUGGUUUUAGUUUUUAGACUGAGAAGUGGUAGCAGUAUUGUUUUCAGUUUAAUUUAAAAGGUUGAUGUGAUUUGGAAAAGUGAAAUACUUGUGUUUCAGACUGUGUGACACCAAAAUGUGUGGGUUCAGCUACUUUCUGUAAUUGGUGCUGUGCUGCUUUUUGCCCUUGUCAGUUCGAAAUAUGAAGAAUUCCAACUGCAUACCCAUUUAUUUAAAGAACUAAUUUAACUCCUUUUAGCAUUUUCAUUCUCAAACAUGAAUGUCAGAGAAACACUUCCAUUGUAAGUGGAUUUUAAACACUAAGGAUAAACUUGACUGUGAAAUGAGCAGUGUUUCCAUAGAGCAAAACAAGGUUGGAGAUUGAAUUCACAAAAUUAAUAUUUAAAUUACUACUGAAGUAAUUGUGGUUUGUACCAAGGGUGGAGGUGGAAACUGCUUUUCUGUACAGAGUUGUGUGGUGUGAGUAACAUCUGUUGCAUGUAACACUAAAUGACUUGUCCCUCAUCUGACAGUUUUAGCCAACAAUCCAUUAAAUGAGUUUUGUAUUGACCAGAGUAUAGUUAAAGCUUGUCUUGAUGUUUAGUUCUGUCUCUGAAAUGCCUUCCACUUUGAUAUUAAGGGGAAUGAAUGAUGUUGAAUUGGUCCCUCAAGGCUUGGCUUUGUUCUCUCCCAAGCCUUGAGGCAGUAGCAGUGUUUAAUGUGUUGUAUAGAUUUUAUUUUGAUGCAUUCCUGUGACCUACACUAAAGGCAUCUUUUUUUCAUCCAAGGAAGAGGUGAACAUGUGCUGCCUGAAAGUUGCUCCUAUCUCAGAGCAAGCAGCCAUGGAGACAAGUCUAAUCCAUGAGUACUUGGUCCAAUUUCUGGGAAAAAACGAGGAAAAAAAGCCCCAUCAGCUGAAAGUAUUGGUGUUGACUUAACUUCACUGUGUCUUGUGCUUGUUUGUGUGGGCAUAGUCUGUUGAUUCAGUUUGUUUAGUAGAAAUGUUUAGGGCCAGAUUUUCAGCAGUCCUUGUUAGUGUGCACAUAGGGAGCAAGUGGAGCUGGAGUUUGGGCUCUGGGAGAAUUUGCAGCCACACUUUGUGCACGACCUUGCAAAUCUGAUCCUUAAUUGUGAACUCUCUUGUCUUGUGUGCUUCCCUUGCAGUUACUUUUUACUGGAAGUGAUUUGCUAGAAACGGCCCUGAUUUCUUCUCUUUCUCCCUCGUGCUUCAGAAAUGCAGUUGGCCUGAAUAAAAGAGCAGAAUAAUCUUAGCAGGAGAAAUUUGGA